UACUUUAGUUCGAGUCAAAGGUUGGAAGCUCACAUUGUGGACUGUGGAGAGAUGAACGACUGCGCGAUCAGAUUACCGAGUGAGGACGACAAGUGGCUAACUUUCAAAAAUUACAACUGUAAGGAACGUGCACCGUUUGUCGUAUACGCCGACUUGGAGUGCACUCUGGAAAAGAUUGACAAGGAUUCGAUAACGUCUUCAUAUGCGUAUCAGCAUCAUGAGGUAUUCAGCGUUGGAUAUUACGUGCAUUGCUCGUACGAUGAUUCAUUGUCCACAUACCAAUCUCGUCGCGAUAAAGAUUGCAUCACGUGGUUCGUCGAGCAACUCAAAGUGUUAUCACAACACGUAAAAGAAAAAUUAUUCACUAAUGUCCCAAUGGAAAAUUUGUCGAAGGAACAGUGGGGGGCAUACCGUAGCGCGACGCAUUGCCACAUAUGUGAAAAACUGUUCGCACUGGGUGAUGAUAGAGUACGCGAUCAUUGCCAUUUGACCGGAAGAUAUGGAGGUCCGGCGCAUUCGAACUGUAAUUUAAAUUAUAAAAAUUUAUAUUGUAUUCCUGUGGUCUUCCACAAUUUAUCUG